AUGGCCCUCCUCCGAAAUGGCCUCUUAUCCAGGGCCUCAACCUCACCUUCGACCUCCACUCUCCGCCGACCGAUAACCCCAAGAUCCCAACCCCAGGUAUUGCGCCAAGCACGCCCACAACGCCGAUACAACUCCGACUCCUCUGCAGGGAAGACAUCUGCCGAGAGAAAUACCACACCUGCACACCCGUCGCACUUGCACCAUUCAACCACGUCACCUUCACCCCAACUGCCAAACACAACCCCCGCCGCCACAGCCGCAGCCGGUGCGACGACCACACCCGUGCGAAGUCGCGGAUUCCGCGAGGUGAUAAAGGCCGGCCCGGUGGGGAAGUUCGGAAGGUGGUAUGCGCGCGUGCAGGAGCAAAAGCCGUACACGACGCAGUUCUGGAGCGCGAUCGUUAUCUACCUGUGUGGGGAUCUGAGCGCGCAGAUGCUGUUCCCUUCUGAGGUUCCUGCGCCUGCGAAAUCCGACUCGGAAGACGGCGUUGCGCGGGAGGAUGGGGCCACUGUGAGUGCUGGUUAUGAUCCGCUUAGGACGCUGCGGCAUUUGUGCGUUGGCGCUGGGUCGAGUAUUCCAUCUUAUAACUGGUAUGUUCGCUCUGUCGUGCGGGAUUUGGUUAUUUAUGUGAAUGGCUUCUAUCAGCUUGUUACUACAUGGGGGUUAUCUGUGUUCAUAUUUCUCGGGAACCAUUUCAACUAUCCGAGCAAGUUCCUCUCGAUCCUGACGAAGGUCGUUGUGCAGCAGAUGUGCUUCACUCCCGUCUUCAACACGUACUUCUUUAGCGUGCACUCUCUUCUCGCUGGUGCGACGCUGGAGGAAACAUGGGAGCGGCUGAAGAAGGCUCUUCCCGUUAGCAUUCAAAACAGCGUCAAGCUCUGGCCGGCUGUUACUGCGUUCAGCUUUAUGUACGUGCCGGCGCAGUUCCGAAAUGUUUUCUCUGGGUGUAUCGCAGUUGGCUGGCAGACCUAUUUGAGCUGGUUGAAUCAGAAGGCUGCUAAGGAGGUUGCGGCUGCUGAGGCGCUUGCUGCGGCAGAGGGGAUGGGUGUUGGUGCGUUGCAUGCUGUUUCUGGGGGAAAUAUGAUCUCUGCUGGGACUGCAUGA